AUGAGAACACAACUUCUGUUCUUACUUACUUUCUGCAGCCUCCUCGUGCUCUUUGCUCAGGCUGAGGCAAAGUGCCUACGUCGACCUCAUCAAAGGGUUGUAAAGGAGGGGGAAGUCAGUAAAGGAGAUGAGGUGGAUGGUGAAGAUAGAGACGAUGAAUCUGUUGGCGGAGAUGAAGGACGGCCCCUACCUCAUGAGGUAUCCCAUGAAGGCAAACAGGAAAGUGAGGAUAAGGAUGCCGAUAAAAUUGCAAUUGAAGGUGUUGUCCGCAAGGUAGCUCAUUUGGGAACUGGCAAAAGUCAACAUGCUGAUGAAAAAGCCCUAUUUUAUGAAGAAGAGGCUGAAGAUGAAGGUGAGGAUGAUGAAGCCGAUGAAGAUGAAAGUGAUGAGAUCGAAGAUGACGAUGGCUACUAUAAGAUUGACAAGAAGACCAUGGAUUCGUUUUGUAAUCAAAUGAAACGCUAUUGGAGAGAAGUUGGACAUGGUAUUCGAGAUGAGUGGUGCAAAUUGAGGUCCAUGUUCCCCAACAUUUGA